AAAUUGCUAACGUUUUUGCUUCAGAUAUCGAUGCGUCCCAGGAUGAAAGUAGGGCCUUACAAAUUAAGAUGGAGGCCAAAAGAGCUGUCUAUCCUUCUCAUUAUUUUUAUGGGUGCAACUAUUCUUAUGUGGACAUUCGACAAAAAUCCAGUACUUACUCCCUCGCUACCAUCUAAAAAUCACUUGUUGCUGCUCUCUCCAGAUAUUAAAAGAGUACCUUUAGAACCCAAAAGACAUGUGAGAGAAGAAAUGUCUACAUCGACACAAAGGGAAUUCAUACAUAACAAAGAGGAACAUCAUCUGGAUAAGACAACUAUUGAUUCCACCAAAAGUUCUUCAGACUUUGAAACUGUUCCUAUUCACAAAAAAAUCUGUAAUUAUGCAAAAGGAAAAUGGGUUAUAGAUGAUAGACGGCCUUUGUAUUCUGGGUUUGGUUGUAAGCAAUGGCUAGCACCAAUGUGGGCUUGCCGUUUGAUGCAGCGUCAAGAUUUUGCAUUUGAGAAGCUAAGAUGGCAACCAAAAGAUUGUGAAACAGAAGAAUUUGAAGGGCCGAAGUUCUUAAAACGGAUGAAAGACAAAACUUUAGCUUUUGUUGGAGAUUCAUUGGGUAGGCAGCAGUUCCAGUCUCUAAUGUGCAUGAUAACAGCUGGUAAGGAUAGUUCAGAUGUCCUCGAUGUGGGAAACGAGUAUGGACUUGUCAUACCACCCGGUGGUGUACGUCCUGAUGGUUGGGCUUACCGGUUUCUCAGCACCAAUACUACUGUCCUUUACUAUUGGUCUUCAGGCCUCUGUGAAUUAGAACCUCUUAAUGUCAAGGACCCACAAACAGAGUAUGCAAUGCAUCUUGAUCGACCUCCGUCAUUUUUGCGCCAGUUUAUGCACAAAAUUGAUGUCUUGGUUCUCAACACGGGACACCAUUGGAAUAGAGGGAAACUCAGGGCUAACAGGUGGGUCAUGUAUCUUGGGGGUGCACCCAACACCAACAGGAUGUUAGCAGAUAUGGGACGUGCCAAGAACUUUACAAUCCACAAUACUGUGAAAUGGCUGGACUUUCAGCUCCCGAAGCAUCCUCGUCUGAAAGCCUUUUAUCGGAGCAUCUCCCCUAGGCAUUUUGUAAAUGGGGAUUGGAACACAGGAGGGAGCUGCAACAAUACUAGACCAAUGUCCAUAGAUAAAGAAGUAUUACAAGAAGAGUCUAGUGAUCCUAUCGCUGCCAGUGCCGUGAGAGGGACAGGGGUUAAGCUUCUGGACAUAACAGCUUUGUCUCAGGUGAGAGAUGAGGGUCACAUAUCCCGUUUCAUUACUACAUCAGCGUCUGGAGUCCAAGACUGCCUGCAUUGGUGUUUGCCCGGUGUUCCCGACACAUGGAAUGAAAUCCUCUUUGCACAAAUUUAAUCCAACAUGGUCGUUACUAAAUGAAAAAUCCUUGCAGCAUGACCCGAGACACGAAACUGCUGCAUGUUCCUAUAAUCGGUUGAACAUACUCUUGGCGGCAUCCUCUUACCGCAUCUUCUGUGGCAAGACUUCCAUGUCGAUCCUAGGCUCAUAUGUGUUGUAGAACCACAAAUUUUGAUGGUUCGCGUAUUCAUAGACUUAGUCUCUAGAUUUUUUCAGCUUAGUCAUGUAUAUCAAUUUCCUUUUUGAGCUUAAGCAUUCCGAUCUUGACAGGAUGAAGCAUCGGAGUAAAUUUAGCCUGAAACUAGGUACUUCUGUUGCCGCCGAGGAAGACAAAUGCUUACAACGGAUAGAAAAAUAGGACGAAAGGGGGAUAUAGAGUUGGA